AUGAGUGUUGAAGAAAUUCAAAAAGCCCGUGCAGUUGUCAAUUUCUCUAGAGAGAAUCUCGAGAGUGUGCUGAAGAGACGGUUUUUUUUUGCGCCAUCUUUUGAACUUUACGGCGGUGUCUCCGGUUUAUACGAUUAUGGUCCACCCCUGUGUGCCUUGCAAGCCAACAUUAUCGAUGUCUGGAGAAAGCACUUCAUUUUGGAAGAAGACAUGCUUGAAGUAGACUGUACGAUGUUGACACCCUACGAAGUUUUGAAAACGUCUGGUCAUGUAGACAAAUUUUCCGACUGGAUGUGCAGAGACUUGAAAACCGGUGAGAUUUUCAGAGCAGACCAUUUGGUCGAAGAAGUCCUCGAGGCUAGACUGAGAGGCGACGAGGAGGCUAGAGGUUUGGUGAAGGAUGCUAAUGCCAAUGCCCAAGACGAUGCGGACAAGAAGAAGAGAAAGAAGAAAGUCAAGGAAAUCAAAGCUGUGAGACUUGAAGAUGCUGUUAUCAAGGAAUAUCACGGAGUCCUGGCCAAGAUCGAUGGCUACUCGGGUCCCGAAUUGGGCGAGCUUAUGGUCAGGUAUAAGAUAGGAAACCCAGUCACUGGAGAACCACUUGAAGCCCCAAGAGCUUUCAAUUUGAUGUUCGAGACUGCCAUUGGGCCCUCUGGUCAAUUGAAGGGUUAUUUGAGACCUGAAACUGCUCAGGGUCAAUUUUUGAACUUCAACAAGCUUCUUGAGUUCAACAACAACAAGACUCCAUUUGCCUCGGCAUCUAUCGGUAAAUCUUUUAGAAACGAAAUUUCACCUAGAUCUGGUCUUUUGAGAGUCCGUGAAUUUUUGAUGGCUGAGAUUGAGCAUUUUGUCGACCCGGAGAACAAGCAACAUCCACGCUUCAAUGAAGUCAAGGACAUUAAAUUAAGAUUUUUGCCUCGCGAAGUUCAACAAGCGGGCUCAGUCGACCCUGUUGAAACGACCAUCGGCGAAGCUGUCGCUUCCAAAAUGGUGGACAAUGAGACUUUGGGAUACUUCAUUGCAAGAAUUUAUUUGUUUUUGAUGGCUAUCGGGGUAGACCCCUUAAAGCUUAGAUUCCGUCAGCACAUGGCCAAUGAAAUGGCACAUUACGCUGCCGAUUGUUGGGAUGCCGAGCUGAAGACUUCUUACGGGUGGAUCGAAUGUGUUGGCUGUGCCGACAGAUCCGCAUACGACUUGACAGUGCAUGCUAACAAGACCAAAGAAAAGCUUGUCGUAAGGCAAAAGCUAGACGAGCCAGUUCAGGUCACUAAAUGGGAAAUUGAAUUGACCAAAAAAUUGUUCGGGCCUAAAUUCAGAAAGGAUGCACCAAAGGUUGAGGCCUUCCUGCUAGACCUGUCGCAGGAACAGUUAGAGACGAAAAGCAAAGAAUUGGGCUCUAAGGGCAAAAUUGUUUUCAGAAUUGAAGGCAUCGAGGGCGAUAUAGAAUUGGACGACAAAUUUGUCACUAUCGAAAAGAAGACUAGAACGGAACACGUCAGAGAAUACGUUCCAAACGUCAUUGAGCCCUCUUUUGGUAUUGGCCGUAUUAUCUACUCCGUGUUCGAGCACUCAUUUUGGGCUAGACCUGAAGACACCGCCAGAUCCGUCUUGUCUUUCCCACCAUUGGUCGCGCCUACAAAAGUCUUGUUGGUCCCACUCUCCAACCACUCUGACUUGACAGAAGUUGCUCAAAAGGUUUCCAAGGUCUUCAGAAAGGAGAAAAUUCCUUUCAAGAUCGAUGACUCUGGUGUUUCUAUCGGUAAAAGAUACGCUAGAAACGACGAAUUGGGUACACCAUUUGGCGUCACAAUUGAUUUCGAGACCGUUAAAGACGGUACCGUUACUUUAAGAGAGAGAGACUCCACCAAACAGGUCAGAGGGUCUGUCUCUGACGUGAUCAAGGCUGUUCGUGACAUAACUUACAAUGGCGUUUCUUGGGACGAGGGAACUAAGCACCUAAAAGAGUUUGUCACUCUAUCAGAGUAG